CCCAAGGAGCUACCGGUUUGUUAGAAAAUCACUUCACUUACCAUGUCCAGCAGCCAUAAGAUCAUGGGCAGCAGCCAUAGAUUGUGAGCCUGUUUUUUUUACUGAUGUCAUUGAUGAAUUGAAGAAUAACCUGGAUGAAGAUGAGAAAGAUUGUGCAAUAUUAGUGGAUGAAAUGUCUAUAAAAAAAGAAGUACUGUGGGAUGGAAAGAACAAAAAGUUUGCUGGCAACACAGAUUAUGGAUGUAUUUUAGCAGAGGAACAAGACAGUAUAGCAACUAAUGCCUUGGUUUUUAUGACAGUUGGACUUAAAAAGCCAUGGUUCAAUGGUAAAAUGCAAGCAAGCACAGUUAAUCAAAGAAGCAAUCAACUUACUGACUGA